CGCCGUGCCGAGUGGGACUGUACGCCAAGCCUCUUGGAAAGGUUUUAUCAGUGACAUGUGCUUUGAUACGCCUUAGAAAGGCGCAUAUAUUGUGCUGAUAGGGGGUUACGAGACGCCUUUGCACCGCCGUUGCCUUGGGAUCUGCGUACGUUUCUCCCUUACGCUACUUUUACUGCCCGUUAAACCUUUACGCUGACUGCACCUGUGACCUUUCCACCCGCUGACUUCUGCUCAUUAAGAAAUAUUGUGAAAUGAAGCGAAAUAUUACUGGAGGAGAGAUCGUACUUUAAUAAGGUCUUAUGUCAGUUAGCGAGAGGAAAAGAACGGCUCUAAAUGAUAAUAAUAGUUGAUUUACUGCAGAAGGCAAGUAGAAAGAAAAGAGAUUAUUAAUAUCUUUCUCUUCUGUAUUUUGAAAUGCAAAGUGGUUCGUUAAGUCGCGUUAAGUGUCUCGAGAAAGUGCUCGUAUUGUAGAGUGUCUUCCGGGAAUGAUUUGGGUGUCUGUCGGUGAUCGCCAGAAUCGAUAAGGGCAAAGAAUCUCACCCAGCGGUAGAACACCCACCAGCGUCUCUUCCUCUCCCAAAGAUGAUCUUCGCUCGCUCCCUGCUCUUCUUGUCCCUCGCCCUCGCUGGAGGAGUGAAAGGGUCGAGUGAUUUCCAGCACUUCACAGUAAUUCCAGAGAGUCUGGAAGUCAGAGAAGGAGAAGACGUGUUUCUGCGCUGUGUUGUACAAAACCAGCGAGGGAAAGCUCAGUGGACCAAAGAUGGCUUUGCUCUGGGCUUUGAGCGCAAUGUUCCAGGGUAUCCGAGGUAUUCCUACGCUGGCGAUCCAGAGCUUGGAGAGCAUCACUUGGUGAUUAAAGGCGUGACAUUAACCGAAGACGGGGAGUAUCAGUGCCAAGUAGGGCCAACUAUCACCGACCCACCGAUUUGGACGGCGGCGAACGUCACGGUUUUAUUGCCUCCGAAGAGCGUGAGAAUCGUCGGGUGGAACGAGGGCUCCCUGGUACAGGUCGUAGCGGGGCAUUCCAUCACCCUCGAGUGCCUGGUCGCCGACGCGAGGCCGCCCCCGUCGGCUAUUUGGUACAGAGGUCCCGAGCUCGUCGAUCAAAAUCUUCAAGAAGACGACAUUGAGGCCUCGACCCUUCCACGCAGAUGGAGUCUCCGAAGUCAGCUGGUGGUGAAGGCAGAAGCAGAGGACGACGGGAGAGAGUUCUCCUGUCAGGCCAGUCACCCUGCCCUCAGGGGAUCCAGGGAACCCCCUUACUCCUCCAUUAUUCUUUCAGUCUUACAUCCCCCGGGCAACCCCAUCAUCACGGGGUACGAGAUGAGCGAAACCAUGCUGGAAGGGGAACGUCGCAACCUCACCUGCGUCGUCAGGGGCGGUAACCCGACUCCGUGGGUGGAGUGGUACCGCGACGGGCGCCUCCUGGACGACCGGACGGCGCCCGACGUCCCUCCUCCGGCGGACCUCGAGGGCGUGAUUUUCAAGACGUAUCAGGUGACGGCGACGGCGGAGGAAAACAACGCCGUUUAUAUGUGCAGCGUCUCCAACGACCUGCUCAGUAAUCCGCUGACGACGAAUGUCACCUUAACUGUUCAUUACAAACCGAGAAGUGUCACAAUAACUGGUGAUUCCGUCAUAGAAGAAGGAGGACUAUUGGAGCUGAAUUGUCGUACAUCGCCUUCUAAUCCACCAGCUGCCAUCACCUGGAUCAUGAGAGGAAAACUAAUAGCAUCCACGAAGCGCUCAUUGGAGGAAGAGGAAGGCGGCGGAUGGAUCACCUCUUCAGUACUGAGGGAGAAAGUCAUCGGCGUUGGGAACGCCACUCACAUCACCGUCGAAUGCAGAGCCUCCAACCCGGCUGUGGACACGACGGUCAAGGCCGCCAAAGUCAUCACGAUUACAAAACCCUUGGGAGCACCUGUGCUUGACACCGAUUUCGGGCGUGACAUAGUGGCCGGCAGCCGCCUACGCAUCGCUUGCUUCACCGUGGGCGGCUUCCCCCCGCCCACUCUCAGCCUGUACAAAAACAACGACAUCAUAAGAAGCAAGAUGCACUACGACAAGAACAUCACGCGGGUGGAGGCCGAUAUCACAGUCACGCCUGGCGAUAAUAAGGCAGAGGUCACCUGUCAAGCCACCAAUGAGGUCACGGCCACUCCCCUCAAGACGUCUGCUAGACUCUCGGUCUUGUUCGCCCCCUGGAACAUCGAGAUGUCGAUUCGCCCCGUGACUGUAGAAGCUGGCGAAAGGGUCACCGUAAAAUGUGAGUCGUCUUCGAGUCUUCCUCCGGCUAAUAUCACCUGGAGGUCGGGUGGGACCCCCCUACCGGGUGCUAACACCAGGGCCUCCAAGGGAUCAUACGGUGGCACUUAUUUGAUAUCAGAAUUGGAAUUACGGACUACAGCAGGCGAUAACGGCCGGAUGAUCGAAUGCAUAGCUGAUAAUGGAAUCGGAACCCAGCUUGUGUCCAAUAUCACGCUCACCGUCUUACAUGGGCCCAUCUGGAUCGUGCCUCCCCCGGAGAAGCUGGAUGUCUUCGAACACGACGAGGUGGUCAUCACGGCUGCUGCCAAGUCUAAUCCUGGGCCUCUCAGAUACAUAUGACGUCGGGGUGACGAAACGCUCAAGAGUAAUGGCGGCGAACUGCAGCUGGGGAGGGUAUCCAGGGCCCGGGCGGGCAACUACUCAGUGACUGCCUUCAACACCAAGGGCUCGCUUGAUGCCUCCAUUCUUCUCAACG